AUGACAGAAGUUUUAACUCAUCACAAUAUUUUUGAAAAAGAAACACAUUACAUACUGAAAAGUACAAUAUUUCAAGCACCAAAUUAUCUUGUUCCACGUCAACUUUUUAAUUUUCUAUUUACACUGUCGAAUUAUCCGGCAGUAAACAGUAGUCUGCAAGAGCGUGUUACAGUUCUUGUUUGUUUAUAUGUUAGGUAUUACAAGCAGUUACUUAAAUCUGAAGCUAUGGAAACAAUUUUAGAACAGCAAAGACGAUAUCAUGAAGAACGAGAACGUCUGAUGGAUGUUAUGGUAAAAGAAAUGCUUUAUAAAAAAGCUGGAGGUUCAAGAGAACAAAUUAACUCUGAUCAUAGACUGAAAAUGUUAAUUGAUCACUAUAUGGAGAGUACAAAUCAUUUAAAAGAACUUUAUGAGGAUAAGGAUGGUUUAAGAAAAGAAGAAGUAGCCGCACUUUCUGGUCCCCACGAAUUCACUGAAUUUUAUUCUCGUUUAAAAGCCAUUAAAGAUUUUUAUAGACGACACCCUAAUGAAAUAGGAAUUCCCAUGUCAGCUGAAUUUGAAGAAUUGGCAAAAAUGAGAGAAAAUCCUACAGAAGAAAAUUACAAUAUGGUCGAAUUUACAGAUGAAGAAGGUUAUGGAAAAUAUUUAGAUUUACAUGAAUGUUAUUAUAAAUUUUUAAACUUAAAAGGAAUCGACAAAAUUGAUUACAUUGCCUAUCUAACAACUUUUGAUCACUUAUAUGAUAUUCCCAAAGAUAGAAAAAAUGCAGAAUACAGAAAAUACCUAGAAAGUGUGGUUGAUUAUUUACAUGAAUUUAUAAGAAGAAUCAAACCACUUUAUGAUUUAGAUAAAGAAUAUGUAAAUAUUGAAGCAGAAUUUCAAACCCAAUGGGAAAAUGGUACCUUUCCAGGAUGGCCGAAAGAAGCAGGCAGUGCUUUGACACAUGCUGGUGCUCAUUUAGAUUUAUCGGCUUUUUCGACAUGGGAAGAACUUGCUUCAUUAGGACUUGAUAGGUUAAAAUCAGCAUUGAUGGCUUUGGGAUUAAAAUGUGGGGGUACUUUGGAAGAAAGAGCUCAGAGAUUGUUUAGCACAAAAGGAAAAACAGAAUUUGAUGCAUCUUUAAUUGCUAAAACAAAACCUGGCCAAAAGAGUGGACAUUUAAAGGAUCAUGAAAGAAAUAAAAGCAUUGCUGCUUUGGAAGCACAGGUUUACAAAUUGGCUGACAUGGUUUCUGACCAAAGAGCUGCGACACAAGAAAAUGUCCAAAGAAAACAAGCUAGAACGGAAGGAGAAAGAGAUGAUUCUGAUGUAGAAGUUUCUGCUUCAGAAUCUGAAGGGGAAGAUACUGAAGAUGUACCCUAUAAUCCUAAAAACUUACCUUUGGGUUGGGAUGGAAAACCAAUUCCAUAUUGGCUCUACAAGCUGCAUGGGUUAAAUAUUUCAUAUAAUUGCGAAAUUUGUGGUAAUUUUACUUAUAAAGGUCCGAAGGCAUUUCAAAGACAUUUUGCCGAAUGGCGUCAUGCUCAUGGAAUGAGGUGUUUAGGUAUUCCAAAUACAGCUCAUUUUGCUAAUGUUACACAAAUUGAAGAUGCUCUUGCUUGUGAAAGAUGGCAACCAGAAUUAGAAGAAGAAUAUGAAGAUUCAUUAGGGAAUGUUGUAAAUAAAAAGACUUUUGAUGAUUUAAAAAGACAAGGCUUACUCUAA